AUGCCAUCGACGAGGAAGGUAAUCAGUGACGAGGAGCGCCGUGGUCGCGCACUAGAACGGAAGCAGGCACAGCGAGAACGGGCUCGACAGCAAACCAUCCAAAGCGCAUUAUCGCAUCCGGACCAGGUGCAAGUCGUGGAUGCCCCAAGCAGUAGCGCGCCAGGAUCAACAAUCACGACGGCCAUUCCGAUUCCUACCCCAAAUUUAGGCCACGAAUUAGAGCGAGUAGUGGAGGGGCCAGGAGAAGUAGAAGAAGAAGCGCGAACAGUAGGCUUCACGCUGGCAAUACGAGCAAGACCUAACCCCCCACCGACCGCCGUGAUCGCAGAUUCCGCAGCUGCGGAAUCGCAACGAGCAAGCCAAAGUACGAGAGAGGCGGCAAGCGGCUUAGCAGCUAGCCGUAUGCGAAGGUACCGGGAGCGACAGCGAAAUAUUCGGGCGGAAGAAUAUUUGGCAGAGGCGGAACAGUCGGAUGGCAUUCGCGUGCUGUCUUUGACGGAUGCAGUCGAGGAUGUUAAGAUCGGGCCCGUGGAGCCAUCGGAAGAGGCGGUUUCACGAGAUGUGGGUGACGAGACUCUUACGCUCACGCGGUCCGUCAUAUAUGUUUCUUCCUCUUCUAGUUCUAGUUGCCCUCCGACGCCGUCGUCGGCAAACCGCGCAGCAAACCUACGACCAGCAGCACCUGCCGAAGGCAAUGAGGAUACAGAUACUGGCGAUGGUGCGAGUGUCAGCAGCUUUCUCAUUGGCAAUAGCAGCGACAGUGAAGACGGUCACGAGCGGCGGAGGCCAAGCGACACUAGCGAGACUCUUCGGCCCCAACCUUCUACUCCGGGUUACGGGUCGAGCGACGGCGCGCGGCCUGGUAAUGUGGACCCUUCGGCUUUGCAAGACGAUUCUGUUGAAGACAACGGGGCCGGGCCGGCGGCCGCGCAUCACAGCACGAUAGAUACUCGAACGGCAAUGAACCGGCUGUUCUCACGGACGGAUUAUAAUAAGACAAAACAACUUAACUCGGGAACAUUGAUGUAA